AUGGAAGAAGAAGGCGAAGAAGACCGCGACCUGGCAGAAGAAGAUAGCAAAGAAGACGACGACCAAGCAGCAGAUAGUGAUGAACACAAGCAGCAGGAAGAAGAUAGCGCUGAUGACGAACACCAGGAAGACAGUACCAAUGAAGAGGAAGAUGAAGAGGAUGAGCUUGAUAGUUACCAAGUGAAUCUGAGCGAGUUGCUGCGUAUGGAAAAUUCUGAGACCCCAAGGCGGCAGUGGCUAGUAGGCUAUUACCAUUACCUACAGUCCCUCUCCAGAAAAGCCCUGUCGCAGAGGCAUGCGGAACAACAUGCCGGCAGGUUUACUUAAUGCUCACCACUAUUGACCCCCGAGGUAUCGACAUAAUUGCCAUUACGGACAGCCAGGGCAGCAGGGUAUGGCAAUGAGCAAAGCCCCUCUUGUAAGAAAAAAAAAAAGAGAUCCAGGACGAUCAUUUCAUACCUCACGUUGCUGGAGAAGUUUUUUAAAUUCGCUGAGGGUGUUCAAUAUGACCAAAAUCCAUUGUACUAUGGGGACAAACAGAUCAUAGAGUCCAUCAAGAGGGUCAUUUCCAACAUCUCUGCCUGGGGGUCUCUAAUACACAAACAAUACAAGACUGAUGAGUGGUGCAGACAGCUGCGGGAAAUGAAGGAGAGGGUGCGCCCUGAUGAUAUUGUAGACUUGGAUGAAACCGAACCCGCCAAA